GACUCUUAUUUUGAAAAUGGUGGACUCUUCACGGUUGCUCAGUAUGUCUUUGUUUACAUACCCUGCUCAAUCGCACUAAAAAUGCUGAGAUGAGUGAACUUAAUUUCCGAACAGGCAAAUAAAUUUAAAUUAUUAAAACAAGGUUCAUUGCUGGAAGCGGGUUAUGUCAAAGAUGGACCAAACAAUGCGUGAUAAGCUCUCACAACUGGUUGAGGAGUUGACUACCUCUGGAGAACCACAGUUAAAUCAAGACAAAAUGAAGGAAGUGAAGAAAUUAUGCAAAGUUUCCACUGACUACGUUGAUCAUUUCUACCACUUGAUUAUGACCCAGCUGAACCAAGAGCAUGCAGAGAUCCGUCUCUCUGCCUUCCAAAUGGUCAGUGAGAUUUUUAGCCGGUCGCAUCACUUCAGAGAUCUUCUCAUCACAAACUUCCAGGAGUUCCUGGAACUUACAGUAGAAACAGACACUGAGCAACCACUGCCUCCACCCAAAGAGGUGGCGAGAAAACUGAGGACACUUGCCAUUCAGACCGUGCAGUCAUGGCACGCCACGUAUGGAGAGGCCUAUAAGAAACUGUCUCUGGGUUAUCACUUUCUAAAGCAGAUUAAAAAGGUAGAUUUUCAUGAUGUUGAAGCAAGAACACUGGCUGAGAGAAAAAGACAAGAGGAGAAACAGAAGAGAUUGGAACGAAUUUACAAAGAAAAGCUUGAAAAGGCCAAACAGGAAAUGGAGGAAAUGACGACUGAGAUUGAGGAAACCUUGACUGAGAUUAACAACUGCAUAAAACUGCUUGCAACCGAUGAUUUAAACCUGUUUAAUGAGGAAGCAGCAGUUUCCAAAACCUCUGCGGCAGCCGAGAACAUACCUGACCAACCCUGCUGCAGUAAAGACCUGAGCAAUGAGCAGAAUGGAGAGAUGACUGAGAAGAAAAAGGAUGAAGGGCAAACGGACAAGUGUAGUGAUGAGAGUGACACAGAGGAAGUUCCUGAUGAGGAUGCGUUUCUCCGCAGCACUGGUUUAAUGUCUUAUAAGUAUCAGCUGGAGCUCAAUGUGUCCACAGAUUUAAAAUUGAGGGAGACAGAAGAGAAUGAGGCAUUAGUAAACACUGUGAGGGAUCUCCAUCGACUCAUCACAACGAGACACCUGCCUCUGGUGCAGUCCUGGAUCCAGGUCUUUACGAAGGUGGGUGUUGAGGAAGAACUGAUGAGGACAGCCACUGAGUUAAAGAAAUCACUGGAGCAUGCUUUAAGAAAACACGAUUUUCUUCAUAUAGACUACAAAAACAGAGAAAGAAGAGUGAUGAGAGCUCCUGAGGAUGAAGAAGAUGACGACGAUGAUUUUGUAGACGUGCCAGAAAAGGAGGGCUAUGAACCUCAUAUUCCUGAACAUCUGCGCACAGAAUAUGGGCUUGAUGAAACUCCCUCAACGUCAACCUCUGGGGCUAAAGCAAAGCCAUCAAAACCUGUGGUCAAACAUCCUGUUCCUCGUGUGUCCUCCAGUCUCUCUCUACUCAAGAGGAAGAUGCAUGAUGAAGAGCAGGACCCCACCUGUGCUGCUGCAACACUGCGUGUGCUCAAACAGAGGCUUUGUUCUACUCCUUCCACCAGUUUGUCUGGGAGCUCUACUGGGGUCACAGUUAGCAGCAGUGACCAGGCGGGCAUAAGCAAAGACGAAGCCUCUGUUAAGGCCCCUGUUAUUCCAUUUGGUGUGGAUCUUUACUACUGGGGAGAGGAGCAGCUCACCGCUGGCAAAAUCAUCAAGAAUGCAUCACAGCACCAGUUCUGGGUGCCUCAUGAGGUGGAGGAGGAAGUUGUAAAUGAAGAACUGUCCGCAGAGAUGAAGUCUAGAUAUAUCACCUUUGCGGGGGAAUUUAAACCUGUGGAGCACAAGUGUAAAGCACCAAUGCCAAAUGGAUCUUUAUGUGAGCGUCAAGAUAGAGUAAAGUGCCCCUUCCAUGGACCCAUUAUCCCUCGGGAUGAGCUGGGCAGGCCUGUUAACCCAGAAGAUGCACUGCGAUUGGAGAAAGAAAAGAGGAAGCGUGAGGAGGAUCAGCCAGAUUGGCGAGACCCAGAGCUCAUGAGGGAGAUUGAAGCCGCGACUGGAGAAGAUCUGGGCUCCUCAAAGUUGUAUGGGAAAGGAAAGAAUGCCAACAAAGGAAAGUCAAAGAAAAAGUACCCAAACCUUACAGAUUUAAAGCAAAAUGCCAGUACAUCUCGUUCAAGACUAGAGAAGAAAGUCUUCAACAAGAGCUCCAUGAGACGAGUUACAGAGGUCAUGAACAAGAUGGACAAGAGGAAACAUGAAAAAUUUUCUAAUCAGUUUAACUAUGCACUGAAUUAAAUGAUACAGCCCACCACACCUCAGUUGUUUGGAUUAUUACAUAGACAAAAAAAAA